CGAAGGGCAAAAUAGUAAAACAACAGAAAAUCGAGAAAACCCUAGAAACAUGCGCAGACAAAUAUAAAAACCCUAGAAUUGCACAAGCACUCGCCGCCUCAAGCAUCGCAUCUGUAAUCUCAAGCAUCAUCACUCACAAGGGAGCAAGAUGAAGGUUGUGGCUGCUUAUUUGUUGGCUGUGCUUGGCGGGAAUACAUGCCCUACUGCUGAGGAUUUGAAGAACAUUCUCGGCUCAGUUGGAGCUGAUGCUGAUGAUGAUAGGAUUGAGCUUCUACUUUCUGAAGUUAAAGGAAAGGACAUCACAGAAUUGAUUGCAUCUGGAAGGGAAAAGUUGGCGUCUGUACCAUCAGGUGGUGGUGGUGUUGCUGUUGCUGCCGCAGCUUCUGGUGGGGCUGGUGGUGCCGCUGCACCUGCUGCUGAAGCCAAGAAAGAGGAGAAAGUUGAAGAGAAGGAAGAGUCAGAUGAUGACAUGGGCUUCAGUCUCUUUGAUUAGGGUGUUUAAUAGCAGACUCCUUGCUCAAAUCACAAUUCUUUGAUUUGGGGCAAUAGGCAUUUUUGAUUCUCUGGUGUAAUCACUUGUAGUUUGACGCCUGAGGUUUGGUUAGAUACUUUCUUUGCAGUAAAGUGAAGUUGUAAACGACAUUUAUCUUUCGAAGUUCUGCAGCGAACAUAUGAUUCAUGUAUUGCUUGAGCCUUGAGGUGUUGAAUAUUGUUCAAAUA